AUGGGCGGGCGUGGAGCUCCGGAGGCGACAAGGAGGCUGGUGGUGGCUGUGGUGGGCGUCGUGGUCGCUGUGGCGGCGGUGCUUUGCCCCACCGCGGCUGGGAAAUUAGGCAAACAAGCCAAGGCGCUGGUGGCCAUCAAGGCGGCGCUGCAUGAUCCCGGCAACGUGCUGUGGGACUGGGACCUCAAGUUCGGCAACGACCCGUGCCACUGGAGCAUGAUCACCUGCCAAAAGGGACAAAUUCAAGAGCUGUCUAUGACGAACAAGAACCUCUCUGGCACACUGUCUCCGGCGGUCGGAAAACUCAGGUUGCUGCGAUAUCUGUUGUUAAGCCAUAAUGCUCUUUCUGGCCCUAUCCCUGACACCGUAGGCAGGAUGAGGCAGCUUGAAGUACUUGACCUGUCAAACAAUCAUUUCAGUGGAAGCAUCCCAAGUACACUGGGUCAUCUGGCCAAACUGCAGUACCUGUAA